CAGAAUUCUGAUGAAAUAUUUCCAAAAGAAUUUCUGUGAGCACAGAGGCUAAUAUGUCAAAGAGAAAAGAGAGCUUUUCAACAACAUCAUCUGAAAAAAGACCUAGGCAAGCCACAUUUGAUUCUGAUGAUGACCCUAAUGAAGAGGAGUUGUCACAGCUACAGAGUGACAGCAGUUACUACUCACAGUCGGUGUCAGGAAAAGUUGGAAUAAUUGAAAGUAUCCAGCUGAAGAAUUUCAUGUGCCAUUCAAUGCUGGGCCCCUUCAAAUUUGGACCCAAUGUCAAUUUUAUAGUUGGAAAUAAUGGAAGUGGAAAGAGUGCUGUGUUAACGGCCCUUAUGGUUGGUCUUGGAGGAAAAGCUACAGUGACAAAUCGAGGAACAUCUUUGAAAGUAUUUGUGAAAGAUGGACAGAAUUCUGCAGAUGUUUCAAUAACGCUGCGAAACCGAGGUGAAGAUGCAUUUAAACCACAACAGUAUGGUGACUCUAUCACCAUCAAUCAACGCAUAAACUUGGAAGGACAUCGUAAUUACAAACUGAAAAGCAGCACAGGUGCCAUAAUUUCAUCCAAGAAGGAAGAACUUACUGCCAUCCUAGAUCACUUUAAUAUCCAGGUGGAUAAUCCUGUAUCUAUACUUACUCAGGAAAUGAGCAAACAGUUCUUGCAAUCUAAAAAUGAAGGUGACAAAUACAAGUUCUUUAUGAAGGCAACACAGUUGGAGCAGAUGAAAGAAGAUUAUGCGUACAUUAUGGAAACCAAAGCAAGAACUCAUGAUCAGAUUGAACAAGGAGCAAAGUUUCUUGAAGAACUUCAGAUGCGUUAUUUGGAGAAGGAGGAUCGUUACAAAAGUAUUGCUUUUGUGAGUGAAAUGCAGAAUGAGCUGAAGAAGUUACAGCACCAAAUAGCUUGGGCAAUGGUGAGAGACACUGAAAAAGAAGUUAAAACACUCAGAGAUGAUGUUGGUGCUCUAGAAGCAAGAACUGGAAAAUUUGUUGAGAAAGUGAAAGAAUGGCAGACUAAGGUAAAAGAUGCAGAAGGAAAACACAGAACUAUGCAAGACAAGCUAGAGAAGAUAACGGAAGAAGCUCAGGCAUUAGAACCGUCAUGUGCUGCUUUGAAAGCAGACGUUAUAUCUAAAAGAAGAGCAAAGAAUGAUGCAGAGGCAGCAUAUAUUCGGUCUCAAAAUGAAUUGAAACGCUUGGUCAAAGACCAUGAACAGCUUUGCAAAAAAAUUGAGGAACUAAAGACCAGUGCUGAACAAAUUUCGGAGCCUGAAACGUUGGAAAAACAAGCAAGAAUGGAACGAGCAGUUAAGGAAGAGCAGUUAAGGACACUUUGUGAUCAAGAAGCAUCAAAUGAUAACCAAAUAAAGCAGUUUCAAGAGGCUAUAAAAACAUACAAGGAAGAGGCUACGAGGCUUAAGAACGAAGAAUUGGAACUGAAGCAAAUAUUGGAUGCUCAGCAACGACAGCUAAAAGAGUUGAAGGAGAGUAAAACAAAUCAACUGAAAAGGUUUGGGCACUAUAUGCCAGACCUUUGCGAAGCAAUUGAAAGGGCUCACCAGCAGGGGCAGUUUAAAUACAAACCAUUGGGACCCGUAGGUGCUUUUAUUCAUCUGAAAGAUCCUGAUUUUGCGCUGGCUAUUGAGACAUGUUUAAAAGGCUUGAUCUGGGCAUUUUGCUGUGAUAAUCAUAAAGAUGAACGAACUUUACAGAUGUUAAUGUCCAGAUUCUGUCAACCUAGUUUUCGUCCUCAAAUCGUCGUUAGUUCUUUCCAAAAUAGGCUUUAUGAUGUAAGCCAAAGGGCCGUUGUUCAUCCUGAAUUCCCAUCAGUCUUGGCUGCGUUAGACAUUGAUAAUGCAGUAAUAGCCAAUUGCUUAAUUGACAUGCGGCGUAUAGAAACAAUCCUGUUAAUCAAAAAUAACAUGGAAGCUCGUAGAAUUAUGCAUCAAAACAGUCUUCCGAAAAAUUGUAAAGAAGCUUUCACUGGUGAUGGUGAUCAGGUGUUGCCGAGACAGUAUUAUUCUUGUGAAAAUAAAAGGCCCCGCAUCCUCAGCAAAGAUGUGGAGGCAGACAUAAGUCACUUGGAGAAAGAAGUUGGAAACAAAAAAACCCAUCUGUCAGUAUUUCAACAACGUAUACGUUCUGCUGAGAAUUCUGUAAGAGAAAAUGAACAUUACCUUAAAACUCAUCGUUGGGACCAAGAACAAUUAAAAAUAAAAGUGAAACAAAUAAAGCUAGAUAUUAUGGAUCUUGAGAACGUAGAGGAACAGCAGUCAGUCAUCAUCUCUACAUUAGAAGAAGAAGCUCAAGAUAACAAGAGGAAGAUGGAAACUGUGGAGGAGCGCAUGCAUCAGCAGAAAAAGAAAAUGGAAGAUGCGAAAUGUAUUCUAAAAGAGGCAGAACAAAAAUUUGAAGCGAUUAGAAACAAAAUCCAUCAAGUAGAAGAAGAAGCUGGCCCAGUCCGGGAUGGACUGCAUGAGGUGGAUGAAGAACUGGAACAAAGUAAAAGCCAUUUGCGGCAUUAUGAGGAAAAAGAAAAAUCCCAUUUAGGAACUAUAGAAACACAUAAAAAUAAUCUAGCAACCAGAGAGAAAGAAUUAAUGGAAAUAAUUGCAAAGGCUUCAGAAAUCCAUCCCGAGCGAAUAGAAGUAAAUAGAACAUAUAAGAGUCUUGAUACAGAAAUAAACCGCUUAAGAGAAAAGAUCAAUUCAGAAAGAAAACGUACUGGAGAUAGAGAAGAAAUAAUCAGAGAGCUUCAGGAAGCAAAAGAAAAAUAUCAGACUGCAGAGAGUGAAGUCAAGAAUUUGAAUAAAUUUAUUAAACUGUUGGACGAGGUGAUGGUUGAGAGAUAUGAAAGAUACCUGAAGUUUAGAAGGUUCCUUACAGUGCGAUGCAAAUACUACUUCAACAGUUUGUUAAGUCAGCGAUCGUACUCUGGAAAAAUUGAGUUUGACCACAAGAAUGAAAAGCUUUCAAUUACUGUCCAGCCUGGGGAGGGAAACAAGGCUGCUUUAGAUGACAUGAAAUCUUUAUCUGGAGGUGAACGUUCCUUUUCAACAGUUUGUUUCAUCCUUUCUCUGUGGUCUAUUGCUGAAUCUCCAUUCAGAUGCUUGGAUGAAUUUGAUGUCUUUAUGGACAUGGUUAACAGGCGAAUUGCAAUGGAUAUGAUGCUUAAGAUGGCAGAUUCUCAACGUUACCGGCAGUUUGUUUUGCUCACCCCACAGAAUAUGAGCACCUUGCCCACGAGUCGUCUCAUUCGAAUCCUUCGAAUGCAAGACCCCGAGAGGGGACAGAACAAACUGACUUUCCGUCAUAGAGGUGAUGAAGAUGAGGAUGAAGAAUGAGUGCCUUAAUCAUGUACAUUGCUCUUUAUCAGCUUGCUUUAUGUAACAUUUGUAGGGAUUUAACAACUCAGUUCAACAUGUGCUCAUGCCCUGCUGAAAUCAAUGAGACUCGCACCUUUAAUUAUGUCCGUAAGAUACAUUUGUGGACUUGGGCCUUUUGUUCUUAUUGCAGCUUGCAGUGCUCAACAUCAAAACUGGAGUUUAUACUUGGGAGCAUCAAAAAUCAUUUUAGUGAUGGAAAUGCUGCAAUAUACAGGCCAUCUCUUGUACAAGUGGCUCCUCCGCAUUGCAGUCACUUUUUGUUAGAAUAGAAAUGGAAUGACAGCCAUGGUACUAUUAUUUUUGCUGUAUUUUACAAAAUAAAAGUUUGAGAGCGAUUGUGGUGUGAACACCUUGUAUAUUUUUCCUGGCACUAAGGAGUGUUCCCUGUUGCUAUCAGACAGCACCAUCUGUGUUGUGGAGAUGCCACAAUACUGAUUUUAAACACAAUUGGGACCAGCAGGACAUGAUAAGCAUAUGGUGGUCAGGGGUGGCUGCCUCUGUAAUUUUGUGUUGCACUGUGAAACAUGCCCCUCCCCACAAAGAGCAGAUAAAUUUGAUUGAUGCCCCCAGCACUCUAAAAAUUCAAAAUGUCCAGAGAGGUUGGCUUGGCGACUUCUGGAUUAGACACCUU